UUGCCCAGUGACGUUGGUCUGUCCCUGCGCAGACCUAGCCAGAGGCUGGGGCUCGUUCCGGGGCUGCCAUGUUCUCCCUGCCAUCCCUCCCCUCCUGGCUCCCCGGCCUCCCCUCCCUCGAGUGGGGUUCUAGCCUCCUCCACUCCCUCCUGCAAGGCCUGAUCGGGGCCCUUGGAGUCUUGGUCCUGAACAGCCUCCUGAAAGUUUACUUCUUCGUGGGCUGUGCCAAUGACCCGCAGCGGUGGCCCGAAAAGGAGCGGCUUCGGGCCCAGUGGGCCUCGCUGGAAGCCGUGCACCUGGCAGGGCUGGCCCUGUUUCUGACAGUUGUGGGGUCCCGGGUGGCUGCCCUCGUGGUGCUUGAGUUCUCCCUCCGGGCCGUGUCCAUGCUGCUGUCACUGGACAAGGGUUCCCGGGGUGCUGCCAAGAGGCUGCAGCUUUACCUGCUGUGCCAGUACUCGCUGGGCUGCGGGCUGACCUGCGGCCUGAGCUUCCUGCAGGAGGGCGCCCCUCACCGCACGCUGAACCUGCUGCUGAGCCUCGGGCUGGCCACGCUGCUGGGUCUGGGUGCCCGGCGCCUCCGCCGCCACGUCUGCCGCCUCUACGAGCUGCACAGCAGCCAGCACUACUGUGGGGUGUGCCUGGGCCUGCUGGCCGGUGCGCACGGCCUCCCCCAGCUGCUGGGCCGCGCCCUGGCCGUGGCCUUUGCCGUGGGUGACCUGGCAGCUGUGGCCCUCAUCAACCAGGACUUCCUGACCACCUCGGAGGCCAUGCGGUUCUGGACGCCGCUCACCAUCUGCUACACGCUGCUGGUCAUCUACAUGCAGGAGGAGCAGCGGCAGCACCCCGGCCUGCAGAGCAAAGUGCAGACGGUGCUGGUGCGCAUGGGCGGCCUCUUCGUGCUGCUGCUGACCGUGGGCCGCUGGCUGGACCUGCUGGGCAUCCUCGUCUCCCUGCUGGGCGAGCUCUGGUGUCUGGUGGGCGUCCGCACCCUACUUGACCUCUGCGAGAUACAGGAUUUUCCAUCCCGGAGGCCUCCAGUGUCAACACCAAGCCAGCCCCUGCCCUCGGCACCCCAGUCCCAGAGUUCGGCCCCCUCCUGACCUGCCUCAGGGAGGAUCUAGAGUCUGUCUCAAGCCCACCAGCCUGACCUUCGAGGCCUUGACCCCAGGGCAAUGCCUGGAGGCAGAGUGGCAGGGCUGGGCCCCCUGCCUGGAGCUCAACGCAGGCCCUGGGAGCCCCGAGAAGGGAAGGCAGGAUUUAGUGAUGGGAGCCUCUGGAGAGGGGACACCUGAGGGUCCCUGGUUGAACCCUCUUUUCCUCAGGGUGGGCAAUGAUGCAGCCCCUCAGACCUGCCUUCCUGGGCAGGGGUGGGGGGGUGCAUCCUCAGGAGGGCUCCCCCUUUACUGGUCUCCCUUCCCUUCUCCGUGAACAAUAAAGACGAUGACUUUCUC